GCGGAAUGUUUCGAUCACGUAAAUGCACUAUUCUCCUUGUUUUUGUCCUAUUUUUCGCCCUGAUUGGAAUUGGCCUACGAUUUUAUGAGAGAAGAGUGUUUAAUGUGAUAUCACCGCCUCAAGACACGGCAAAAAGUGUGCGAUGGCGUCUAGAGUUUUAGUUCCGAUUCGUCGGAGACCGUUUGCGUGCUUUCUUUGUAUAUCCCUGGUUCUUGGUUGGGCUUUGUAUUUUAGCGGAUGUGAAAGAGUACUUUCUUACGGAUUUGAGAAAACAAGAACUGAAAGCUUAAAGCCAGUGAGUGUUUGUGACUGUGACAAUGACUGCAAAGUUGACGAUUUUGUAAAUGAUUUGCUAUCUGAUGACACGCCGCCUCCACCGUGCAAGCCUGUGAAUAAUAUUUUAUUCCUGAAGACGCACAAAACUGGGUCCAGUACUGUGACCAACAUUUUAAAUCGCUAUGGCGACACGAGAGACUUAAUGUUUGCAUUGCCAAUUUCACGAUCACUUUAUAGUUUUUUCUGGCCUCGACCAUUUCAACUUAGGUUCACACAAGCAUUUGGUAGAGCACCAAACAUCCUCUGCAAUCAUGCAAGGUACAACAAAGUUCCCAUGAACUGGCUCUUCCCAAAGACAACAACACGCUACAUUACGCUUUUGAGGGAACCAACAGACCAUUUUGAGUCUGUCUUUAACUUUUUUCAUCUUGAUAAACGUCUCUUUAGAUCGAAAAACAAGGUCCUCCCAUUGCAAGCGUUUCUUCAAAAUGCCUCGUUUUAUCUUAAACAAGUGAAAAACAUCACAGGAUUGCUAACACUGACGAAGAAUCCGACUUUAUUUGAGCUGGGUCUCGAUACAAAAUAUCACGAAGAUUUGGACAUAGUGCGUAACUACAUUCGCUUUCUCCAACACGAGUUCGAUAUAGUAAUGCUGAUGGAACAUUUCGACGAGUCACUAAUACUUCUAAAACGACGUUUUUGUUGGAAAAUUGAGGACAUUCUCUAUUUUAAACUCAAUGAAAGAUUGCAAAAACACAAACAGAAAAUACCAAGUCUAGUAAAGGACCAAAUUAGACAUUGGAAUUCAGGCGAUGUGCUCUUGUACGAUGCUUUUAAUAGAACACUCUGGAAGAUGAUCAAGGAGGAAGGUCCGGCCUUCUUUGAAGAUCUUUCACUAUUUCGAAGGGAGUUGAAAAAUAUUAAAACAAAAUGCCUGCGAGAGGGAAAUUUUCUAACCAAGCCGUAUUCUGGGAGAUUUGUACAGGGUUAUGCGGUACGAUCAGAUGUCUCUGAAGAACUAAAUGAUACAUGCCACAAAAUGAUUACGAAUGAAAUUCCAUACCUAGACCAUCAUCGUGAUAAACUUGUAAAACUGUAUCAAACCAUUGAUAGAUCGGUUUACAGGCCUUUCAGUAUGUGAUAACAUCUUUAUUCGUGUUAUUCCAGUUAAUAGAGAAGUACGCCUCCUAACCAUACAACUUUUAUCUUUGUUAUACAGAAGUAUACAUGAAUUAUUUAAGGGUAAAUUCUUAUGUAUUCUUUCUAAUUUACACGAUUUUCGGAGUAUACAUCUUCUUCAUGGAUAAACCGGAAAUUGUGAAAGUUUCUGACGGAAGUGCUUGGCUACAGUUCAGGACACCUAUUUUUUCGCCGAGGCAAUAGUUGCGUUCUAUCGUAAUGUGGCGUUUCUUAUUCUGUUUAAAUGUUUUCAUUCGUUACCACUGCUGAAGCAGCAAGCACUGAGGAAUAUUUCUGAUAAAGUUCUGAGAGCGAAUGUUUUUUAUAGAUUAGAGAUGAUUUUCAAGGUAAAUUUCAACUCUCUCUUUGUUCUGUACUUGAAUCAUAUGCAGCGCAAUAUGAAAAGUGACUCGUAGAGCUGCAAGAAAAA